CUCUUGAGGACCGAUCGUUCCGACUCACCUGAAGAGAGAUUCAAAUUCAACAAUGGUGACGAAUCCAUCGAAUCUCUCGCCCUUUCUCCUCCUCCUUGUGUUAACACUAUCAUCGUCUCUAUAUUUCUCUUUGGCCGAUCAAGAUUCCGAUUCAGAUCUCAUCGCCGAGCUUGUUUCCCUCCGAUCCGCCGCCGAAUCCGGUGUUAUCCGCCUCAAUGACCACCUUGUCUCCCAAUUCCUCACCUCUGUUUCCGCUCCUCGUCCUUACUCACUCCUCAUCUUCUUCGACGCCGUUCAGCUCCACAACAAGCAGGAGCUCCGCCUCCAGGAGCUCCGCCGUGAGUUUUCCAUCGUCUCCGCAUCAUUCGCUGCAAACAACAACGGAUCCGACGCCGGCAAGCUUUUCUUUUGCGAGAUCGAGUUCUCGCAGUCCCAGUCUUCGUUCCAGCUAUUCGGCGUCAACGCGCUUCCUCACAUCCGCCUCGUGGGUCCUUCCACGGUCAAUCUCCGGGAUGAAUCGGGUCAGAUGGACCAAGGGGAUUACUCCCGUUUGGCGGAAUCCAUGGCGGAAUUCGUCGAGCAUCGGACCAAGCUCACGGUCGGUCCACUUCACCGACCGCCGCUCCUGUCGAAGACCCAGAUUGGUAUCAUUGUAGCAUUGGUCACGAUCUGGACUCCGUUUGUCAUCAAGAGGGUUCUCAAAGGGGAAACUCUUAUCCAUGACCGGAGGGUCUGGUUAGCGGGCGCCAUUUUCGUCUACUUCUUCAGUGUCGCUGGCACGAUGCACAACAUCAUCAGGAAAAUGCCCAUGUUCCUCCAGGACAGGAACGAUCCGACACGGCUAAUCUUCUUCUACCAGGGUUCAGGUAUGCAGCUUGGUGCCGAGGGAUUCGCGGUCGGGUUCUUGUACACUGUGGUUGGAUUGCUCCUGGCUUUUGUCACCAAUGUGCUUAUCCGAGCGAGGAAUGUUACUGCACAGAGGUUGGUUAUGCUUUUGGCUCUGUUCAUAUCCUUUUGGGCUGUGAAGAAGGUGAUUUCCUUGGAUAACUGGAAGACUGGAUAUGGAGUCCACCCAUAUUGGCCUUCCAGUUGGCAUUGAUCGAUCUUAUGAGCUAUAAUAUGUUAGGUAAUGGAUCCCUCCUUUCAAAAGUUUUCAGAUUGAACAAUGUUUGUGGGCAUACGAUGUUUUCCUUGGAUAGUACAAUACCAGACCGUUCCUUGUUAAAGGCACUGAAUUUCAAUUAGUUAUCCAUCUGGGUAUGAGAGGUAUAAUCAAGAACGUGGACUAAAGAGGUGGUGAAACUCUAGGAUACCAUAGUGUUCACUGUUAUGUCUCCUCUUCGAAAUUGUGGUUGUUGCAGAGUGUUUCAUGCUAAGGAAGAGAGAUAUUUAGCCUAGAGCAUACCAGAAGAAUGCCUUGGUAGGAUGCCUAGUUUUGUGAAUGUAUGCCUGUUCUAAGAUAUCUAGAUAUAAUCUUGCUACCACCUUUCCAUCUAAUGGUAUCGUUGAAUGCUUGCAUGAUGUA